GCUACAAAUGUGUGUGGUAAUGUUUGUAAAUCCAGGAAACAUUUGCCCAAAAUAGAGCAAAAAUUAAAGAAAGAAGUUAGCUCCAAGUGUGCUGCAUGUUUAUUAGCUAUAAAUUGUUGUCACCAACGAGAGGUGUGGAUGCUAACAUCAUGCCACAAUUCAGGAAU